AUGACAGCAAGGAAGUGGGGAUUCUGUCUGGCUGUUGUGGCGGCUUUGCUUGGCUGCCCAGUUGAUGUGGUGGACGGGUUGGUUGGCACGCCGUUCGUCCGUCGUGGUGGCCGCCGGCCAUAUGCGCGUCGCAACACAUGUAUCGGAAGUGCACGUCCGCCAGCGGAGUCACGUCUGAAGGCCGAGGCGGUUGCAGAAGACAGCAGGAGCACCUCGUCGGAGAAGAGCGGCGAGCGAAGGGGGGAGGACAGGUUCGAGCGGUGGGCCGCCCAAGCGGGCAUAAGGGCGCCCAAGCUGAGACACGAAGUCUUCGCCGACGGUCUAGUAGGAGACCUUCGGGGGCUCAAGGCGGUGGAAGCAACGUCCAAGUCUGAGCAGCUUGUGACUGUUCCGGCCAAGGCGGCCAUCUCUCUCACCGCGUCCGAGUCGACGCCCUUCAGGUCCUGGGUCUCGCCCGAGUUCUGGGACAGCCAACAGUGGUACGUGAAGCUGGCGCUGAAGCUGCUGUGGGAACGACAGCUCGGGGCCGCGUCUGCCGUCGAGGGCUACGUCAACGUGCUGCCGGUGCAGGGGAGUUUCGAAACGCUCAUACACUGGACGGACCAGGAACUAGAUACCCUCAAGUAUUCGAGGUGCGCGGCCUCCGCCAAGAGGCAACGCGCCGCGUGGGACAAGCUGCAUGAGGAUCUGGUGGCGCGAUGUCCGGAGGGGGCCGGGCGUGCGGUGACGAGGGACGACCUCGUGUGGGCCUUGGAGUGCGUCCUUAGCCGCGCUUUCAACGGCCGCUUCGGCGGCGGCCAGAAGUCGGCGGUUUUGAGCGCCGGGCUGUUCGCUGCUUCUGGCGCCGCGUACGCCGUCACCGAGCAGCCGGUGUGGGUUUUGGUGGCCGCUCUGGCCUUGCUGCCUCUCACGCUUCCGGAGCUCGGCUCGCUGCAGGCCGCAGUGUCAGGCAAGCCGGAUGCCAAGGCGGCGGCGUCGGACUACGUUCUCGUUCCCUUCGUCGACAGCAUGAACCACGUCACCAGCGCAAAGACGGAGCUGUCCUUCAGUCCCGUAUCGGGCGACCUGGGCGUCUCUGUCAACAGAGGCUACCGCGAGGGGGAGCAAGCGUACAUUUCUUACGGGCUGAAGAGCAACGACGAGUUACUCCAGUUCUACGGCUUCGUGGAGGCAGACUGUCCGGCGGACACCUACGUGUUGGACGACGUCGCGAAAAGCCUGGGCGUGCCUGGUGCUAAGGGUGGCGCGCCCACGAAAGAAGUCGUCAUCCGAAGAGGAGCCGAGGUUGUGAGUGCGGAGACGCUUGAAAACCUGCGCGCUUUGCUUGGCGCGGCGGAGGGGCCGGGAGGAGGGGACAGCGCCGUGUGGACGGCCCUUCGCACCGUGUGCGAAGCGGAACUGUCCCAGGUGCGGCCCGACGCGCAGGGUGCGGCCGGCGACGCCGGGAGGACCGUGCGCGAGCGAUUGGCGUCGGCGUUCAGGAGAGAGAAGGCUAGUGUGCUGGACGAGGCCAUCCGAAACUUGGAGAAGCUCGAAGGGGGGGCGUCGUGAUGGAGAUAAGGGACGCACGGAUGUACCACGUAGCAUGCUCCCCAGACUGCAGGCGGAGAAUAGUGUUCUUCGAUGGAGAGACUGCUCACUUUUAGUCUGUAAAUGUUGUCCUCGACAAAAUGGUGUAGAGUCUGGACUGUUGUUUUCCGAUUAAGAGACGCAUUCAUAAAUGCGUGCGAUACGAAGAAUCACAGGAGAUAGUUAAAUGCAUGUUCUUUCUGCUGGCUGCAAAAUACUGUUUUUCUCUUGAAUGGAUGUGGG